AAACAAUAAAAAGAAGAAACAAGCGCGGCAAAAUUUACUAGAAAGGAAAAAGGGCAAACAUCUGCAUUUGAGCACCACAUAGGUUAAUACACAUGCGGCCGACUUCUUUUCAUUAAGAUGGACAAAACCAUUUUGUUUUUUCUGUGCCUCUAUUGGUGGUCGUUUUAUGAUCCUUCACUGUGUCAAGCAGUGGAUACAUGUAAAGUUAUCCCUGUAUUCUAUGCCUAUUCAUCACACGCUGAAACACUCACUGACCUGGAUAAGGGAGUUGAGACUGAGUCAUUCUGGUGUAGUACUGGCGAAAUACACAACUCGUGGAUGGACUUGUAUCCCCACCUUAUGGUUCACUUUGGUGAAAUUAAGAAAACUAUUGUAGGACUAGCGUUAAAGGGAGCACCACCAGAUAAACACACGAAGUAUGGAUUCCCAUCUUUCCAGGUUUAUAAAUAUGACGAUAUUGGUGACUUUUUUGAUGCCAUCAGAGCAAAUCAUGGAAAUAGUAGAAUCAUUAAGACAUUUACUGGCCUGACACCUGAAGACAUUAAGAAUGGUCAAGUGAAAAAGCAUGAGUUUCCAUAUCCAGUUGAUGUUACGAGAUUGAAGAUUUACUUUAAACUAAGACUUGGGCAGAAAUGUGUUUGCACGAAAAUAGAGUUCUAUCAGGCACCAAAGUAUUGUGGUGUACCACGUAAGAAAGAAAAUAAAUGUAAAAAUAAUAAAGGAGGUUGCGAACACCAGUGUGUACCAAAAGAUCAUACGUUCCACUGCACAUGUCCUUCGGACAAAGUACUAUGGGUUGAUGGAUUACAUUGUGUAAAAAAAGGUAUUGUGUUAACUUAUAGCCUUCAGAUAUAUAUCGGUGACUUGGUUUAAAAAGAAACUUAAAAUAUGCUUAAGACCAUAAUGAAAGUGAUCUCAGUCUACUUCACUCUAUACUUUGUCCUCAAUAACCUGAAUGUAACCACAGAGUGUUUUACAAAAUACAGUAAACAUUCCGAAAGUGCCCCCAAACAAUGAUUAUUUUGACUUAAUUGUAGUACUAAUAAUCUAUAACCUAGAUACUUGCAGGAGGUACUCUGUUAGUUCAAGACUGUAAAUCAGGGCAGAAGAGAGCAAAUGGGACAGCUUCCCUUUACUUGGAGGCACGUUACUAUAGAAUAUCGCUCUUUGACGGGUUGUAUUAUGGUAUGGUGAACAUUGUCUGUCCGUAUGUCUGAUCAUAAAGUGUUCAUUUCCGGAGCAUAUCUUUUUUACCAAUUCAAAUAAAAUCUUCAAACCUAGGAUGUAAGUACAACUUGAGAAUGCAGUGUGUAGUGUACCAUAACUAGGUCACUGUGACCUACUUUUCAUGCAUUACUGCACAUUAAAGGAAAUCUUCAAACCUAGGAUGUAAGUACAACUUGGGAAUGCAGUGUGUAGUGUACCAUAACUAGGCCGUCAUGACCUACUUUUCAUGCAUUACUGCACAUUAAAGGAAAUCUUCAAACCUAGGAUGUAAGUACAACUUGGGAAUGCAGUGUGUAGUGUACCAUAACUAGGUCACUGUGACCUACUUUUCAUGCAUUACUGCACAUUAAAGGAAAUCUUCAAACCUAGGAUGUAAGUACAACUUGAGAAUGCAGUGUGUAGUGUACCAUAACUAGGUCACUGUGACCUACUUUUCAUGCAUUACUGCACAUUAAAGGAAAUCUUCAAACCUAGGAUGUAAGUACAACUUGAGAAUGCAGUGUGUAGUGUACCAUAACUAGGUCACUGUAACCUACUUUUCAUGCAUUACUGCACAUUAAAGGAAAUCUUCAAACCUAGGAUGUAAGUACAA